AUGCUGCAUGGUACUGGGAAGAGGAACACGAACGUGUUGUCGAGCUGUGCCAGCACGGCUUGGUGCCGCCAACUCCGUGCAGGAAUCACUCGCACACUCACUGCAUCGUCAGCUGGUAUCGGAGCGGAGGCAGUACAGGCCGCUUAUGUGUUUCGCUGGCUUCCCAGGGUGACACCACGAAAGAAUAGCGACCUUAAUGAAAAGGUGGUGACUGAACGAAAGUGUGGUGGAGUGGAGGACGUAACUGGAUGUACGUUGUAUAAUUCAAAAAUUAGCCGAAAGGUUAGUACUGUGCAAUCUACGGUGAUCGACUACUGUUUGCACUAG